CUUGUGCCUUCAGCCAACGCAUCACGUCCUAUGAGCUAUGCCGAUCGAGUCUUGUGCCAAGAGCUCAUGCUUCAAUCUGAUUUUGUCAAUCCCAAUCUCCGUUGCAAUUCGUUAGCUGCUGUGGAAUUCUCUGCUACCACAGCUGCAUAUGUUGCGAGUUUACAGUUGAGGCCGCAAUUUCCGAAAGUCUGUUUCUGUGGCAAGGCGUAGGAAGAAGACUGUACCCAUUUUUCUAAAGAGAUGUGGAUGUCAUUUCAGUAGCUUGGGAAGGAUUGAGGAGUGGAAGGGACGAAAGCUGGUACAAUGUGCGUAAGAGUCUUCGCCAAUAUUUCGGCUGCUCGUGGGUGGCAUUUGCCCCUUCUUUCCAGUUCCUUCUGGGGCGGGCAGGCUUCAGACUCCGCUCGUGUGGCUCUGAAAUUAGGUAAUUGUGUAGCUGCAAGAUGGAAGAGUUCGUUAAUCCGUCCACAUGUCACUAUUGUAGCUACCGCAACAAGAAGCCAGGAGUCCAACCCCUCCCAGGCGAUUUUCUUUUCAGAUGCUGGACUUAACAGAGCAGCCGAGAUGAGAGUUGAUAAAACCAAGCUGUCUGAAGCAUUUGACAGCCCAGAAGCUCUGGUGGUCCCGUUGGUGGAUGCGAAAAACUUAGUGAAGGGAGGGAAGUCUGUUCUAGUGGAAGCCUCUGCAUUGCGGUUGACUAAUGCAGAUCAUGAAAGUGCUGGCUUUCCGGUAUUUCUUGGACUAUCUAACUCCACCAAAGCUCCGGUAUUUGCUGUGAACUUGGAGAAAGUGCCCAGCAGUGCAGGUGAAGAAAGGCCAGCAUGGGAAGAUGGUGGUGAGUGGAUUGAUUUGCGCCGGUAUGGUUCCCAGCUUCAACCAUCAGAUGCAGGCCUCCUUGCGUACGCUCGUGGGAUGUUGGAAUGGCAAACCCGCAAUAGGCAUUGUGGGCGUUGUGGGGGCCGAAUGAUUGCUAAAGAUGGUGGUCACUCAUUGCACUGUUCUUUAGAUUCCUGUAAACAUUCUGCUUAUCCGAGACUGGACCCAGCUGUUAUCAUGCUGGUAGCAUGUGGCAAUUAUGUGCUGCUAGGGCGACAGAGUAGAUGGAACCCUGGUCGAUACUCGUUGUUGGCAGGGUUUGUGGAGAUAGGGGAAACUUUUGAAAUGAGUGUUGCUAGGGAGGUGAAAGAGGAAUCUGGAAUAGAAAUCGACCAAACUAGUGUGAGCUACAUAGCCAGCCAACCAUGGCCCUUUCCGUCAUCGCUUAUGGUGGGUUUCAGCGCCUCUGCUAAGAAAAAUAAAUGUGACCCUUAUAGUCCUGAAUCGGAGGACAAUAAUGCCGUAGCUGUCAGUCCUGAUAAACUCAUCGUUGUCGAUGAAUUGCGUGCACUUCCUCAAACUUCUGCUGACGAGCUUGAGCUCGAGGAUGCAAGGUGGGUUCAUAAGGAUUUAUUGAGAUGGGUUCUCAAGGGAAAUCCAUUACCACACAGCGUCGAAUUUAGCAUUCCGGGGAGCUAUGCGAUUGCCAACAUCAUUCUGAGCCGGUGGACAGAGUCUAAACGUGAGGACUCCAUGUGGGCCGGAGACGACGUCAUAUCUGCUGAUAUUGAUGAAGGAGUUUUCGAGUAUGUACUUAUGUGCCUUAGUGAUGACAAGGGCCGUGAAAAAUUGAUUGUUAGAGGCAAUUCGAAGCUUGCAUACCAUUCAGACAUUUUAACAGCAGCCCAGGAGGAAGUCAAGGAUAUGGGUCUUCAGGUAUCCCAACUAGGUGGAGGACGGAUUGACCAUAAUGUGAAGGAGCGCAAACUUCACGUUUACAGUUCCUCGCAAGCAUUUGGUCUGGCAAAUCAUUCCGUCACUUGUGCGAUCCUCAGGCAAUGGUAUCCAUUUCAUAGCAUUACUCUAGCAUGGGGAUAGUAGAAUCGGCUAGUCAUGAGUUAGGGAUGACGUUGAUUCAUGGGUCAGUCAUGAGUUAAGGCUGACGUUGAUUCAUGGACUAACAUGAAAGUAAUACCUGGAAAAUAUCAUUAAUUUUGAAGAGGAGAUUUUGAACCUA